CGCGAGGGCCCGCAUUCCAUCAUGGCGGAGCCGUCUGACUGGAGCUGUUCCUGCGGCGGCGGAGAAGGCGAAGCUUGGCGGCGCUGAAGCGGUUCCGUCUCCGGGGCUCCUGCUUCCUUUUCUGCUCACGCGGUGGCUGCAGUGAGAGAAACCAUUAAUGAAUGAACCGUCAUUUCAGCUAUGAUGGCAGACCAGCCACCUCCAUUAGAAGCCACACCUAUUUUGAAUGAAGUGCCACUUCUACCUCAUAUGGUCAAUGGGGACACUACGCAACAGGUUAUCCUUGUGCAAGUAAACCCAGGGGAGACUUUCACAAUUAGAACUGAAGAUGGACACAUUCAGUGUAUCCAAGGUCCAGCACAUGUUCCGAUGAUGUCACCAAAUGGUUCUGUGCCUCCAAUAUUUGUGCCUCCUGGCUAUGUAUCUCAGGUGGUGGAAGAAAAUGGAGUUCGGAAGGUGAUCGUUAUGCCGCAUUCGACCGAAUUCCAUCCCUCCAUGCACCCGCCUCCUCCACACGUGCCCCAUUAUAUGCACCCUCACCCUGCUUUGCUUCCCCACCCACCUCAUCCCGUCUAUCCUCCGGUUCCGGGGACAGGAGACAUACCGCCACAGUUCAUUCAUCAGCACCCACCACCGCCCUCGCCACAUCUGUACCAAGAACAAGAGUCUCGUUCCCAUGGCAGAACGAAUUUUGUGCAGCGGGAUGAAAGGACUCUCAAAAUGCAGGAGCAUUUGAAGAAAAGGCUAAAAGACCGACAAGCGAGUGGACAUACAAAUAAUAAAAUGAACAGCCCUCCUUCUUCACCUCAUAAAGUUAACAAUUCCUCCAGCACCAAUGUCCAGAAUGGAUUAGGAAAGGGACAACAAGGAGCAGGAGGGCAAAUCAAGCAGAAGCAAGUAGGAAAAGCCAGGGGGAGCCCCGUCCCAUCAGGCGAUUCAGAAAUGGGAGAAUCUGACACAGAAUCUAGAAAAUCUGAAGAGCUUUUAAGCUUCAGUAAGCCUACAGUGUCUGAAAUUCAAGCCAGAUCAGCCCUUGUAUCUUGGAGCCCCCCAGUUGUAUCCCAAAAUGAAGAAACUCAGACCCUCUCUCCUACAACUUUCACAUUUGAAGUGGCAGUCUCAAACAGUGGAAAAAAUGGGAAGUUUAAAUCAGUUUACACAGGUGAAGAGACAACUUUUACAAUUCCCGAUCUCAGACCAGCAACUGAUUAUCAUGUCAGAGUUUCAGCCUCAAGCAGUUCCACAAAGGAAACGGUUUCCGAACUGGCAAGUUUUACUACAGAAAGUUGUGAACCAGACCCUCCAGGUGCACCUAAAGUCGUCAACAAAACCAAAAACAGCCUGAAUCUACAGUGGAAGUCCUCCAAUGAUAAUGGCUCCAAAGUGACUAACUACCUUUUAGAAUGGGAUGAGGGGAAGAGCAGCGCAUUCAAGGAAUGCUACUAUGGCCAUCAGAAGCAACACAAAAUAACCAAGCUGACCCCUUCUACAAAAUAUUCAUUUAGGCUGGCAGCCAAAAAUGACAUUGGAAUGAGUGCAUUCAGUGAGACGUUGGUGUGUUACACAGUAGGAAUCGUUCCUCCGCCGCCUUCGGCCCCUCGGCUGUCCGAAUCCGGGGUGACCUGGUUAUCCCUUAAAUGGAGCCCUCCAAGCGGGUUGUCUUCAGAUGACUCGCUGACAUACACUUUAGAAAUGGAAGAGGAGGGUUCGGAUUAUGGUUUUCAAGCAGGGUACAAUGGAGAUGAACUUUCUUGCACUUUAAAAGACUUGAGAAGGAGUACUUCUUAUAAAUUUAGGCUGUUUGCGCAUAACACUGAAGGAAAAAGCGGGCCUAGCGAGAUCAUCGAAUACAGCACAAGUCCAGACAAACCUGGACCUCCAAGUAAACCGGCAGUAAAGGGAAAGAUCCAUUCGCAUAAUGUGAAAGUGACCUGGGACCCACCAAAGGAUAAUGGCGGAGCAGAGAUCUCUAUGUAUAUCCUAGAAAUGUCAGAGGCCUCGGCUGGCAGUAAAUGGGAAGUGGCUUACAGUGGUCCCACGAGAGAACAUGUAUGUGCUCAUCUCAAGCCUGGUACUUCCUACAGACUAAGAGUUUCCUGUGUUGGCAAAGGGGGGCAGAGUCAGGCAUCUGAUGUCCUCACGGUUCAGACAGCAGCUGUUCCCCCAGGGCCAUGCCAUUCUCCUUGCCUGGCGAGCAAAGCCAGACCUAAGGAUAUCUCUCUUCAGUGGGAUCCACCUUCCAUGGACGGGGGCUCAGAGAUUACGGAGUACAUUGUGGAAACCGCAAACUCUGACCAGGAUGAGCGCAGACAGGUCUACCAUGGCCAGGCGCUUGAGUGCACAGUGACCGGUCUCCUUCCUGGGAGGACAUACUGCUUCUGGAUUCGAGCAGCCAACAAAGUUGGGCUUGGUCCUUACUCAGAAAAAGCAGAAAUCUGCACUGCUCCUGGCCCUCCAGAUCCGUGCUGCGUCCCCCUUCUCACCAGUAAGACAGCUACGUGUGUCGUGGCCUCAUGGGAGAUCCCAGCCUGCAAUGGCGCAGAAGUCACUGAAUACAAGCUGGAGUGGGGGCAAGUGGAAGGAUUAAUGCACAUAAUAUACUCUGGUCCUCUUCUGAGUUACGAGGUGAAAGGGCUGACCCCUGCGACCACAUAUUAUUGUAGAGUACAGGCGGUGAAUGUAGCCGGUGCCGGCUUGUUUGGGGAAAUAGGGAUGAUCACGACCCCGGCUUCGGUGCCAGCUGCGGUGCCUGUGCUGCACUUGCUGGAAGAAGACCAGACGGAGGGGCCGCUUCCUCUCUCGACGUGCCUUGCUCUUCACUGGGAGGAGCCCUGUUGCCAUGGGGCAGAGGUCAUGGGCUACAACAUCGAAUACGGAGAGAAACAGGUCUUAACCGUCAACCGAGUUACAAGCCAUGUUUUGGAGAACCUGCAACCCGACACUUUAUACAGAAUCCGGAUCCAGGCCUUCAACAGUCUCGGAGCGGGUCCCUUCAGCCCUUCCAUUAAAGCAAAAACGAAGCCUUUGCCGCCAGAGCCCCCGCACCUGGAAUGUGUUGUCUUCAGUUACCAGAGCCUUAAGCUGAAAUGGGGAGAAGGGCCCAGCAGGGCUUUGAUCGCCAAUCCCACGCACUUCAACCUGCAGAUGGAAGACCGAUUUGGCAGAUUCAGCACUGUCUACAGUGGACCUUGUCACACAUACAAAGUGCAGCGACUUAGUGAAUCCACAACAUACUACUUUAAGAUCCAGGCGUGCAACGAUGCCGGUGAAGGGGAUUUUUCUGAAGUUUACGCAUUCACUACAACCAAAUCUCCACCGCCGGCGCUGAAAGCGCCCAAAGUGCAUCAGCUGGGAGACAACGCCUGUGAAGUCACAUGGGAGCCUUUACAGCCAAUGAAAGGCGAUGCCAUCGUUUACAUUUUACAACUUACCAGUGGGAGGGAAGUUGAUCAGGUAUACAAGGGACCAGAGACUUCGUUCCGCUUCUCCAACCUUCAGACAAACUGUGAAUACCGGUUCAGGGCGUGUGCUGGGCGCCAGUAUCAGGACUCUGCUGGGCCGCAAGAACUGCUGGGGCCGUACAGCCCGAGCACUGCUUUUUCAUCUCAGAAGCAGGAGCUUGUGUCGCCGUGUGCGGACGCGGGGCCCGACCUGCCGAAAAGCCGGAGGAAGCCGCUGAGCGAUGAACAGUUUGCCUUCCUGCUCCUCCUCGUCUUCGCCACCGUCGCCAUCCUGUUCGCUGUCAUCAUCCAGUACUUUGUUAUCAAGUAAGCGAGCGGCUUUUGAGAUUUGCCUUCAUUACUCAGCUUAUGAUUAUGACUAUUAUUUUUUUUUUCAUAUGGAAAUUUAUGCCUUGGGUAUUUAUGUAAAUUCCAAUUAAAAACGCUCGCUGGGAAUGAUUGUAUAUGACACACAUUUCCCUUUUUGCUGCUGAUGAACAGCAAGGCUGGGUGGGCUGGCUGGCCUCCCUCCCUCUCCUCCAGAAAGCCUCCCACCCGGGGAGAACGGAAGAGACGCAAACCCCCUAUUCUAGCAUUGUUGUGCAUUUCUAAUCAGGGUUAGCUGUUGAAAACAGCAAAAAAACACAAACAGACAACAAACAGCUGCCUUAACACGCACUUGUGAUUCUCAGAGAGCUCGACUUUUAAUACUCUUUAUUCUCAAGGAAAGGGGUAAGGCAGUGGUUCCCAACCUAUGGAUCCCCAGAUGUUUUGAGCGUGAACUCCCAGAAAUCCUAAUGAGGGUGUGUUCGAAAUGAGUCCGGACACGGAUUUUGGGAGCCUGAUUCCUUGGAGCCUCAAGACUGCAAGAAGAAGCAUCCUGCAAUGGCCUCUUUGGAGUCUGGCACCAACUCAAAAAACGGCUGGGAUUUCUGGGAUUUGUAGUCCAAAACACAACAACCCACAGGUUGAGAACCACUGGGGUAAGGGAUGGCCAGCCGCUUCGGUCUAAGCCUCGGCUUGUAUCGAGACGCAGCAGCAAAGAUGCUUAAGCGUAGAACAGUACUGUAUUACAGGACAUUUGCUAAAGCAUACCACACCUGAUAUUAUACUGUAGACAAAAAAGAAAGAAUUGAAACCAAAAUGUUAAUCAACUUUUUAGUGCUACUCUUAUUUUCUAAACGUUGGUUUCCCGCUCCUUUUUAAUCGUUGGGACUCCAAUAGUUGAACGGUCGACUGUAAGAGACAAAGGUAAUCAGCAGAUGGUGCUGACAUCCUUUUUGAGAAGUUAUUGGAAGCCCAGUCUUUCCCUACAGAGAGAGAGGGGGGUCUGCAUCGAUGGCCCUUCUUCUAUGCCAGUGGUUCUCAACUUGUGGGUCCCCAGGUGUUUUGGCCUACAACUCCCAGAAAUCCCAGCUGUUGGAUUUUUGGGAGCUAAAGGCCAAAACAUCUGGGGACCCACAGGUUGAGAACCAAUGUUCUAUCCAUUUCUGAACAAAAUGCUUUCCGACGUUGGUAAGCAAGUGUUGGCCCGACCCAGAGUCCGCUCUCAGUGCCUGAGAGACCACUUACUCACCCUGUGCUUCUGACUCAAAAAGAAAAGGAAAAAAAAAACUGCAGCCGCUUUUUCUUUCUUUUUUUCUUUUCGGAAGAAAAGCACAGAAAAAAAAAUAAUUUUUUUUGUUUGUCUUUAAUGAAAACAAAAAAAAGUGCAUUUAUGAUAAAUGUUUCACUAUUUGGCUCAAACUGAGCAAAAAAAAAUAUGUUUUUUGUACUAUUCUUAACAUAAAAUUUAAGAAAAAUAAUAAUAAUAACAAAACAAAUAAAAAUGCAAGCUGUGGUUAGCUUUUGGGUUCUCCCUGCUUUUUGGCCCAACCUCCCCCCCCCCUUUCCUCCUUUUUUGGGAUACCCUUCUAACGCAACCCAACUGAUCAAGUCACAAUGAGGAAAUGAAUUUUUCUGCUCCAGUUUGAAAGGAAUUGCUGCCUUUCUUUGCAGCGAUUCUGUGUUCAGUUCGUUUUUGUGCUUCGAGUCCUCUCUCUCCCUUGUUUUGUGGAUCAAUAAUUCAGUAACAGGUCUGGCUUUUGGGUGGAAUAGUGUUCCCCUCCCUCCCUUCUCUCCUUUGUUUCUUGGGGGGUCAAUAUCAUGCACUACAUAGGACCGUUCUGUAUCAAGCCCCUGUAGCAGGUACCUGUGAAGUAGAAGUGACUCGAUGUUGUCUCGUUUGGAAGCUGGAAAACGACCCGUUUUUGUUUCAGAGGAAAACGACGCUCACUUUCAAACAGCCACAGAUAUGUUUUGUUACCUUUUUUUGCACAGCGGGAGGGACUGAACAUAGCAAGCUCCCCUUUUCCGACACAUCCAUCCGGACGCUUGCCCUUGUGAGACAGUGGGAGUGACGUGUACGACUCAUUUUAGCUUGAGACAUGCCAUAGAACGUCAUCAAAAAAGUGUUUCUCAGCCAGCUGUUAGUUCAUUAUAAGCUUAUGGUUUGUGGCAUUGUGUUUGCAUUUCACACCUGGGUGGGGCGGGGGGGCACGUAGACACAGACAGACACACACACACAUACAGACGAUGGUAUCAUAUCACUUACUAUCUUAAACAAAAAUAAAGUAGAUUUAUGGUGCAAUCUGAAAUUAACCUUUUUUCUCUCUCAAAUGUACUCUCCUUUUUUGUGAUCUAUUUAUUUUGAUUUUUUUUUUUUAAAAAAAAGAUAAAAUUCUGGAAAAUGUAUGUUUGAAUGUACUGUUCUACUUGUAGCAGAACUUUUUAAGUUAAUCAUUUAUUGUAAUGGAUUCCUUUCUUCAGUGUUGGAAAAGAGUUUUAUACAAGCGUUAGUGUCGGUAGUUUGCAGGGACGUUUACAACCUGUUCUCCUUCAUUUUCCUUUCAUACUUCACUUUUUUAUAUCGAACAGUAGACUUGUCUUCAGCCGAUUUUCUGUUGCCAAAGCGUAUGUGUUUUCUUUUUGUUGUUGCUGUUGUUAAAAACUCUGACAGAAACAAUUGGGGGGGAACCAAUCUCAUCGAAUUGGCAAUAGUACGUAUGUCAGAUGCAUUUUUUAAAAAUUAGGUUUUUCUGAAUGAAUACUAACCAAAAUUAUGACUUCCUAGAAAGUUUUAAAACAAAAAGUUUAAUUUGUAUUUGUAAUUGCCACAAACUGUUUAUAUUUCCAGAAAGUUUCCUGGAAAGCAUAGUGUAGAAUUUUAUAUUUACAACUAUACAUUCCAGAUUGAUGUACUCUAGUGGCAUUAAUGUAUUAGAUUCUCCUCUUUUUUUCUCUCUUGUAUUGUAAUUUUUUGCUGUAUUUCAUACUUAUGUUAAACCUGCCAGACAUCGUAUUACUAAAUUGUAACUAUAAAUAGAUAAUAUAUUUAAUAUGGCCAAUAAAAAUACAAAAUUGUUCACA